CAGCCCGCGCUCGCCUGGAUGGCUCGUCGCGCCGCGGGCGGCGCACCCCUUAGCGCCCGGGCCGCCGCGGCCGCCCCCCUGCCGCCGCGCCCGCCCUCCGGGGCCCCGGCGUGCCCGCCGCUGCUACCGCUGCUGCUGCUCCUGGGGGCGGCGCGGGCCGGCGCCCUGGAGAUCCAGCGCCGCUUCCCCUCGCCCACGCCCACCAACAACUUCGCCCUGGACGGCGCGGCGGGCACCGUGUACCUGGCGGCCGUCAACCGCCUGUACCAGCUGUCGGGCGCCAACCUGAGCCUGGAGGCCGAGGCGGCCGUGGGCCCGGUGGCGGACAGCCCGCUGUGUCACGCCCCGCAGCUCCCGCAGGCCUCGUGCGAGCACCCGCGGCGCCUCACCGACAACUACAACAAGAUCCUGCAGCUGGACCCUGGCCAGGGCCUGGUGGUCGUGUGCGGGUCCAUCUACCAGGGCUUCUGCCAGCUGCGGCGCCGGGGCAACAUCUCGGCCGUGGCCGUGCACUUCCCGCCCGCCGCGCCGCCCGCCGAGCCCGUCACCGUGUUCCCCAGCAUGCUGAACGUGGCCGCUAACCACCCGAACGCGUCCACCGUGGGGCUGGUGCUGCCGCCGGCCGCCGGCGGGGGCAGCCGCCUGCUCGUGGGCGCCACGUACACCGGCUACGGCAGCGCCUUCUUCCCGCGCAACCGCAGCCUGGAGGACCACCGCUUCGAGAACACGCCCGAGAUCGCCAUCCGCUCCCUGGACGCGCGCGGGGACCUGGCCAAGCUCUUCACCUUCGACCUCAACCCCUCCGACGACAACAUCCUCAAGAUCAAGCAGGGCGCCAAGGAGCAGCACAAGCUGGGCUUCGUGCGCGCCUUCCUGCACCCGGCCGCGCCGCCGCCCGGCGCUCAGACCUACGCGUACCUGGCGCUCAACAGCGAGGCGCGUGCGGGCGACAAGGAGAGCCAGGCGCGGAGCCUGCUGGCGCGCAUCUGCCUGCCCCGCGGCGCCGGCGGCGACGCCAAGAAGCUCACCGAGUCCUACAUCCAGCUGGGCUUGCAGUGCGCUGGCGGCGCGGGCCGCGGCGACCUCUACAGCCGCCUGGUUUCCGUCUUCCCCGCACGCGAACUGCUCUUCGCGGUCUUCGAGCGGCCCCAGGGCGCCCCCGCGGCCCGCGCCGCCCCGGCCGCGCUCUGCGCCUUCCGCUUCGCCGACGUGCAAGCCGCCAUCCGCGCGGCGCGCACCGCCUGCUUCGUGGAGCCCGCACCCGACGUGGUGGCGGUGCUGGACAGCGUGGUGCAGGGCACCGGGCCCGCCUGCGAGCGCAAACGCAACAUCCAGCUGCAGCCGGAGCAGCUGGACUGCGGUGCCGCCCACCUGCAGCACCCACUGUCCAUCCUGCAGCCUCUGAAGGCCUCACCCGUGUUCCGGGCCCCGGGCCUCACAGCCGUGGCUGUGGCCAGUGCCAACAACUACACAGCGGUCUUCCUGGGCACUGCCAACGGGAGGCUCCUCAAGAUUAACUUGAACGAGAGCAUGCAGGUGGUGAGCAGGUGCGUGCUGACCGUGGCCUAUGGGGAACCUGUGCACCAUGUCAUGCAGUUCGACCCAGCAGACUCUGGCUACCUUUAUCUGAUGACUUCCCACCAGAUGGCCCGUGUGAAGGUUGCAGCGUGCGAAGUGCACUCCACCUGCCGGGACUGCGUGGGUGCAGCUGAUGCCUACUGUGGUUGGUGUGCGCUGGAGACACGGUGCACCCUGCAGCAGGACUGUGCCAACUCCAGUCAGCCACAUUUCUGGACCAGUGCCAGUGAGGGCCCCAGCCGCUGCCCCUCCAUGGCCGUUCUGCCCGCCGAGAUUGACGUGCGCCAGGAGUACACGGGCAUGAUCCUGCAGAUCUCGGGCAGCCUGCCUAGUCUCAGCAGCAUGGAGAUGGCCUGUGACUACGGGAAUGACAUCCGAACUGUGGCCCGUGUUCCAGGCCCAGCCUACGAUCACCAGAUUGCCUAUUGCAACCUCCUGCCCCAGGACCAGUUCCCGCCUUUCCCUCCCCACCAGGACCAUGUGACCGUGGAGAUGGCCGUGAGGGUCAAUGGACACAACAUUGUCUCAGCCAACUUCACCAUCUAUGACUGCAGCCGCAUUGGACAGGUGUACCCCCACGCAGCCUGCACCAGCUGCCUGUCAGCGCCGUGGCCCUGUUUCUGGUGUGCCCAGCAGCAUAGCUGUGUCUCCAACCAGUCUCGGUGUGAGGCCUUGCCAAACCCCACGAGUCCCCAGGACUGCCCCCAGAUCCUGCCUGUGACUCUGGCACCCAUGCCCACGGGUGGCUCCCAGGACAUCCUGGUGCCACUUACCAGUGCUGCUGCCUUCCAUGGUGCUGCACUGGAGUGCAGCUUUGGGCUGGAGGAGGGCUUUGAGGCCGUGUGGCUGAAUGAAUCAGUUGUACGCUGCAGCCAAGUAGUGCUGCACACGACUCAGAAGAGCCAGGUGUUUCCACUCAGCCUCCAGCUAAAAGGGCAGCCAUCCCGAUUCCUGGACAGCCCUGACCCUAUGACAGUUGAAGUCUAUAACUGUGCCAUGGGCAGCCCUGACUGUUCCCAGUGCCUGGGCCGUGAAGACCUGGGUCAUCUGUGCAUGUGGAGUGACAGCUGUCGCCUGCGGGGACCUCUGCAGCCACCACCUGGCACCUGCCCCGCCCCUGAGAUCCGCACGAUUGAGCCACUGAGUGGCCCCUUGGACGGAGGGACCCUGCUGACCAUCCGAGGCAGAAACUUAGGCCGGCGGCUCAGCGACGUGACCCAUGGCGUGUGGAUUGGCACUGUGGCCUGUGAGCUGGCUGACAGAUACACAGUGUCAGAGGAGAUUGUGUGCAUCACGGGACCCGCCCCAGGGUCGUUCUCAGAUGUGGUGACGGUGAAUGCCUCCAAGGAGGGCCAGUCGCAGGAGCGCUUUUCCUACGUGCUGCCUACCGUUCACUCCCUGGAGCCUGCUAUGGGCCCCAAGGCAGGGGGCACCAGGAUUACCAUCCAUGGAAGUGACCUCCACGUGGGCUCUCAGCUGCAAGUCCUGGUGAACAACACAGACCCCUGCACGGAGCUCCUGCGCACAGACACCAGCAUCACAUGCACGGUGCCCGGAGGUGCCCUCCCAGCCCCUGUGCCUGUGUGUGUGCGCUUUGAGCACCGUGGCUGCGUGCCUGGCAACCUCACCUUCUGGUACAUGCAGAAUCCUGUGAUCACAGCCAUCAGCCCCAUCCGCAGCCCUGUCAGUGGUGGCAGGACCAUCACAGUGGCGGGUGAGCGUUUCCACAUGGUGCAGAAUGUAUCCAUGUCAGUGCACCACAUCGGCCGAGAGCCCACGCUCUGCAAAGUUCUCAACUCUACUCUUAUCACCUGCCCAUCCCCUGGGGCCCUGAGCAAUGCCUCGGCACCUGUGGACUUCUUCAUCAAUGGGCGGGCCUAUGCAGACGAGGUGGCAGUGACUGAGGAACUCCUGGACCCCGCCGAGGCACAGCGGGGCGGCCGCUUCCGCCUAGACUACCUCCCCAACCCGCAGUUCUCCACGGCCAAGAGGGAGAAAUGGAUCAAGCACCACCCUGGAGAGCCACUCACCCUCGUCAUCCAUAAGGAGCAGGACAGCCUGGGCCUUGAGAGCCGCGAGUACCGUGUCAAGAUCGGCCAGGUAGCCUGUGACAUCCAGAUUGUCUCCGACAGAGUCAUCCACUGCUCGGUCAACGAGUCCCUGGGCACUGCUGAGGGACAGCUGCCCAUCACAAUCCAGGUGGGGAACUUCAACCAGACCAUCGCCACCUUGCAGCUGGGGGGCAGCGAGACCGCCAUUGUGGUGUCCAUCGUCAUCUGCAGCGUCCUGUUGCUGCUGUCCGUGGUUGCCCUGUUCGUCUUCUGCACCAAGAGCCGCCGUGCCGAGCGCUACUGGCAGAAGACACUGCUGCAGAUGGAGGAGAUGGAGUCUCAGAUCCGAGAGGAAAUCCGCAAAGGUUUUGCUGAGCUGCAGACGGACAUGACAGACCUGACAAAGGAGCUCAACCGCAGCCAGGGCAUCCCCUUCCUGGAGUAUAAGCACUUCGUGACCAGAACCUUCUUCCCUAAGUGCUCCUCCCUGUAUGAAGAACGCUACGUGCUGCCCUCCCAGACUCACAGCUCCCCCGCACAGGAGACUCACCCACUACUGGGGGAGUGGAAGGUCCCCGAGGACCGCAGGCCCAGCAUGGAGGAGGGCAUCAGCCUGUUCUCCUCACUGCUCAGCAACAAGCACUUCCUCAUCGUUUUUGUCCACGCGCUGGAGCAGCAGAAGGACUUUGCAGUGCGUGACAGAUGCAGCCUGGCCUCCCUGCUCACCAUCGCGCUGCACGGUAAGCUGGAGUUCUACACGAGCAUCAUGAAGGAGCUGCUGGUGGACCUCAUUGACGCCUCGGCCGCCAAGAACCCCAAGCUUAUGCUACGACGCACUGAGUCCGUGGUGGAGAAGAUGCUCACCAACUGGAUGUCCAUCUGCAUGUAUAGCUGCCUGCGGGAGACGGUGGGGGAGCCGUUCUUCCUGCUGCUGUGCGCCAUCAAGCAACAGAUCAACAAGGGCUCCAUCGACGCCAUCACUGGCAAAGCCCGUUACACGCUCAACGAGGAGUGGCUGCUGCGGGAGAACAUCGAGGCCAAGCCCCGGAACCUGAACGUGUCCUUCCAGGGCUGCGGCAUGGACUCGCUGAGCGUGCGGGCCAUGGACACCGACACGCUGACGCAGGUGAAGGAGAAGAUCCUCGAGGCCUUCUGCAAGAACGUGCCCUAUUCACAGUGGCCGCGGGCGGAGGACGUCGACCUCGAGUGGUUCGCCUCCAGCACGCAGAGCUACAUCCUGCGGGACCUGGAUGACACCUCAGUGGUGGAGGAUGGCCGCAAGAAACUGAACACACUGGCCCACUACAAGAUCCCUGAAGGGGCCUCGCUGGCCCUGAGUCUCACGGACAAGAAGGACAACACGCUAGGCAGAGUGAAAGACUUGGACACAGAGAAGUAUUUCCAUUUGGUGCUACCCACGGACGAGCUGGCAGAGCCCAAGAAGUCCCACCGGCAGAGCCACCGCAAGAAAGUGCUGCCUGAGAUCUACCUGACCCGUCUGCUGUCCACCAAGGGUACGCUGCAGAAGUUUCUGGAUGACCUGUUCAAAGCCAUCCUGAGCAUCCGGGAGGAUAAGCCCCCGCUGGCUGUCAAGUACUUCUUUGACUUCCUGGAGGAGCAGGCAGAGAAGAGGGGAAUCUCAGACCCUGACACGUUGCACAUCUGGAAGACAAACAGCCUUCCCCUCCGCUUCUGGGUGAACAUCCUGAAAAAUCCCCAGUUCGUCUUCGACAUUGAGAAGACAGACCACAUCGAUGCCUGCCUCUCAGUCAUCGCACAGGCCUUCAUUGAUGCCUGUUCCAUCUCUGACCUGCAGCUGGGCAAGGACUCGCCUACCAACAAGCUGCUAUACGCAAAGGAGAUCCCCGAGUACCGUAAGAUCGUGCAACGCUACUACAGACAGAUCCAAGACAUGACACCGCUCAGCGAGCAGGAGAUGAACGCCCACCUGGCCGAGGAGUCACGGAAGUACCAGAAUGAGUUCAACACCAAGGUGGCCAUGGCAGAGAUCUAUAAAUAUGCCAAGAGAUACCGCCCACAGAUCAUGGCUGCCCUGGAGGCCAACCCCACAGCCCGAAGGACACAGCUGCAGCACAAGUUCGAGCAGGUGGUGGCCCUGAUGGAGAACAAUAUCUACGAGUGUUACAGUGAGGCCUGAGCACAGGGAAGGGCCUGUCAGAGCUGAUGCCACAGGAAGUGGAUGCCUGGGCUUCCACCCUAUUUUCCUCUCCCCCACCCCUCUCUCAGGUGGAAGCCAUCUGAGCCCGAGGUGGCUCAGGAUGGGAGGGAGGAGGACGUGGGGACUCUCAGAGCCAGGCGUGGAGCCCCUGGCUCUAGGUCACCACUGUCUCUCCAGCGCCUGCCCCAGGCCUUGGAAAGGCAGCCCCGUCCACCUGCUUGCUCUGCACUAGCAGCUGCCCAGAGCCAGCUCCGCCAGGCAGCCCAGCACGCAUUGGAGAGAAGAGGCCGCCGCCUAGAAACACUACCUCAUCCAACCUGGCGGAGGGGAGCCCUCCAUGGGCUUCCGUUUCAACCACCAAAAAACGUUGUCUUCGUGUUCCCUCACCCCAAGGGGUCCCUGGCCACAGACAGUUCCAAGUGGGAUCAGAUUUUUGUCGCUUCAGCAGCUAUUGGCAGCGUGGGCGGUGCCCACUGCCUGUGGAGAGAAGUAGAGGGAGGGGGCAGGGCUGGGGGUUCCUGGUCCCCAGGGAAGAGAGAGAGGUUGGGAUGCACCAAGGCUGUAGCUGGGCUACUUGAUCUUUCUGGAAGUAUUUCUAAAGAUAGCACCACUUUUUUGUUUUUGUUUUUUUUUUUAAAGCUUUUAUAUAUUAAAAAACUUACCACGCACCAACUGUGAAUAGCUGCUGCUUGUGCAGAGGACCCGAGAAGGGUCCCCAGUGGCUCCCAAUGCAACACUGGAAAUGACUGUUCCAGAGGACAGGCAGGCCUGGCCAGUGGCCCAUGGGCCUCCUUGCUGCAGGCUUGGUCAUGCUGGGACUGGCUGGAUCCACGGGAGCUGGGCUGGAGGGAGGGCUGGGACGCUCUGGAACCUUCUUUAUAAUAAAAAUCUGACAGGAAAACCUACUGUGGGCUUCAACCUUUGUCCUCAGCUGGCCAAGGGGGAGAUGAGGCCAUUCAUACCCAUUUUACAGCCUCAGCUGUCAUCUGAGAGGUGAAGAUUUGGCUACCAGGAUUGAAUGAGGUGGAACAGACUGCCUGCUUGCAGGGGCCUGGCCAGAGCUGCCAUCCCCUUGGGCCCCGAGGGGACCCCCCCCCCUGCCAGGAAGAGUGCACUGCUGCUAUGUGCUACCCAACUCCCAUUGAGCCCUGGUCCCAGCCCACCCCCUUUCCUUGGUGGUGGGGUUGGACUAGAACCCAGGGCCUCGUACACACUAAGCACACACUGCCACCAAGCUGCAUCCCCAGCCCACCUGCUUAUUUCAUAACAAGCCUCUGAGCUUGUUGUGUGAUCCCAAAGUCACACAGCCAGAGACCAGGUAGUGUGGUCCUGCAUUCCUCUCUCCAUUCUUCCUCCAGGCCAGUCUCCAUACCAGUCCCCACAAUGUGAGGAGGCCAAAAGUGACCACUUGAGAAAAGGAGCUGACAUUCGUGGGCUUGGCCCAGCAUUCCUCACCCAUAUGGGGAAUUGUGUGUCAAGAACCCCACGUUUCAGAUAAGGGAGCAGCCAGUUUCUCCAGUCAGCAGGCAGCCUGGACUCUGCUCCUCAUGCCUUUAUAGUCCAUGGGACCUGGAAC